CAAUCCCGCAUAACGUUAUCUGGCCACCAUCUCGUCCAUCACGAUGGCCUCGACUAAGACCAGUGCGACCGUCCUCCAUCUUAUCACCAUCUUUCAGCGGUAGCCAUCCAUCUCCGUUGAACGCCGAACAUAGACCGCAUCGCAUAUCAUCUACCACUCUACGAAUCCACGUGUUCUUCUCUGCGGCGCACAUGCUGUAAUUCCAACAUCUCGCGAAGCCGCCAUGGAAGAUCGAAAAUCGCAGACUAGCUCGCCUCACAAUGGCGGCCAAAUCACGCCGCGUACUGCAAUGGGCGAGGCACUCGCGAGGACGCCUUUGCGACGAGAUUCAUUCGAUCGCCCAAAUGGAAUGCCCAUGCUCGACAGCACACCGCGACGAUUUUCCACAGGCGCCGCCCGAGUCCCUAUGCCUGCACCCCAGGUCAUGGUAGCCUACACUGUUGCCGAAGAGAUUCUCGAGGAGAAGCGGUCGCGAACGCCGCGAGAACAGGAAGAUCUUUCGGCAACCAGGGCGAGAUUCAGCAUGAGUUCGGAUGUACCGUCCAUCGCAAGGCUAGCUGCUCUGACCAGCCCUUGCUUUUUCCACAAAAGAUUUGGAGAUGCCGUGAAUAUAGAAAAGGUGCUGGAGGAAAUCAAAGGCGACGAUCAACUGUCGCAUAGCAGACUCAUGCAGACUGCUGCGAGCGUGAGGGAGGUCUCUAGACAGCUUCAGAGACGACCUCUCAAACGUGCGGUACGAAACGUCAUGAUUGUUACGAAAGCGCGGGACAAUACACUCGUCACUCUCACGAGAGAACUGGCAGAAUUUCUGCUCGCCACUCCGCGAUACGGGAAGGAUGUCGGUGUCAAUGUUUGGGUAGAUUCUAAACUGAGGAAAUCGAAACGAUUCGACAUGGACUCGUUGUUCGCGCAAGACGAGCGGUUUGCGGACAUGCUGCGCUUAUGGACACCUGCCUUGUGCUUGGAACGUCCAGAGUUAUUUGACUUGGUCAUCACUCUUGGAGGAGACGGCACCGUCCUAUACACUUCUUGGCUAUUUCAACGCAUCGUGCCACCGGUGCUGUCAUUCUCACUGGGCUCGCUGGGUUUCCUGACGAACUUCAAUUUCGAGAUGUACAAGGAGCAGCUGAAUCGUGUCAUGGGCGAACAAGGCAUGAGAGUCAACCUGCGAAUGCGCUUCACAUGCACCGUAUACCGAUCAGCUGCUUCAUCGGUAGUGGCGUCAUCGGCCGCAUCGACAACUAGUCUAUCAACAGCAACGAGCAACUACGGCAGCAGUGAAAGUCAGAGCACCAAGAUUGAAGGCGAGACGCACGAAGUCUUGAACGAAUUGGUUAUUGACCGAGGUCCAAGCUCUUACAUCUCCAGCUUGGAUCUCUACGCAAACGAUAGUCUGCUCACUCGGAUCAGCGCAGACGGUAUCAUUCUGAGUACGCCUACAGGAAGCACGGCAUACUCGCUGAGCGCCGGAGGAAGCCUGGUUCAUCCAGACAUCCCGGCUAUAUUACUAACCCCCAUAUGUCCCCACACACUAUCCUUUCGACCAAUGCUGCUGAACGACGACAUGGCAUUGAAGGUGGCGAUACCUUCCACUGGCAGAGGUGGAGCAUUUGUAUCAUUUGAUGGCAAGGGUCGUGUAGAGCUUGGUCGUGGCGACGAGGUGGUUGUCCGGGCUUCGCAAUACCCCUUCCCCACCGUUAUGGGCCAACCUCUGGAGUGGUUUGACAGCAUAUCUCGCACAUUACGCUGGAACACUCGCGCCGCGGAGCAGAAAGGCUGGGCAGGUGGUGCCGAGGGCGACGGAGCGGAGUUUGUCGAAACUGAUGAGAGCGUCAAACACGACGUACGCAAGGAACCGGAAUUUGAUAUAGAUUUUGAUGACGAUGGUGAAACUGUGAGUGCUAAAGACAGCGGCUAUGGCAAUUCGGAGUCUGGAGGCAUUGGUGCAUCGGAUUUGAGGUGGGCUUGA